AUAAAGAUGAUUUCUGAUAAUUCUCCGCUCAGCAGCGAACACUCUGAAGACGAUUCGUUGCCGUCCAAUUACCAUUGGCUCCGUUUCAAAUGGAUGUUUUGGAAAAAUUGCUGCAUGCAUUGGAACACACGCUGGGAAUUUCUAUUCGCCGUACUUAUGCCCAGCAUAUGCAGUCUCAUAGCAGUUAUCCUGCGCAUUAACAUACCGGCCGUACACCUCACAACCAUAACUUAUGGCGAUACGGACAUUCAAAAGGCAUGGAGGAACGUGAUUCGCGAAGUUGAUGAGCGCGGAGGUAUUCUAGAAGAAAGUUUUGAUAAUCCAGUACAUACUCCAUAUGUACCACUCCUCGCCAUUGCGUAUGCACCAGAUUUCGAAGCAAUUAACAACAUAAUGGAGUUCACAUUUAAUAAGUUCGAUUGGGACAGCCCAUUUAUAACCUUUAACACAUGCGAUGAACUUCGCAAGAAGAUGAGGACCGAACACUACUUUGCUGGAGUUUGUUUUAAUGAAGACGUCUUUAAUGUUGAAACUGAAUCCAUAUAUAAAAUUGGCAUAUAUCCAAAUCGUUUGGAUUACAUUAUUAUAUUUCCCAGCGAGUUGCGCUUAUAUCAGGAGUAUAUAGGCGAAACCUGGGACACAACAAAUGUAUAUCCGAAUUUAGGGCAGCAAGAACGUAAAGGUGGUCCAAUACCAUAUAUAACGGAAGGUUUUAUCAUGAUCCAGAAGUCGAUCUCAGAGGCUUACAUAAACUUAACUUGUAACGUCACAGUCGAAAAUGAUAUUGUAUUAAGGAAAUUUCCAAAAGCCGAGCGUUAUUAUGAUCCACUUUCGGAAAUGUUGGAGAUGCGUUUGUCAUUAUUGAUAUCCAUGGCAUAUAUCACUACAAUAUUGUAUUUAUUACGAAUUUUGGUCAAUGAACAGGACCUCGGCUUAAAUGAUUUGCUAGCCACUUUAGAUGUGACCUAUUUCCUACAGUUUUAUAGCUGGUUUACCUUUUCCCUAAUCUCAUUAUCUAUUGGUUCCGUUGUCAUGAUCCUAAUUUUAAAGAUUCCUUGGAACAGUGGAUUCUGUGUCUUCAGCAGAACGUCUGCUACAUGCUUAUUUGCUCUCUUUACCGCCUAUAAUAUAAAUACACUAAGCUACUGCUAUAUGAUAUCGAGACUGAUUCGAAACCGCGAUAUGGCCAUUUGUGCAGCGCCCAUUUUCUGGAUCGCGCUAUAUUUACCAUUUUCCAUCGGCAUCGAUUUAUUCCCUAAUUACCAUCCGUAUGUUUGUUUAUUUGGCAAUACAGCUCUGGCCCUAGCAUUACAGCAUAUAUUUCAACUUCAAUAUCAUGAAGGCGUUAGUUGGAAUAAUUUCUUUAAAACUCAUUGGUCCACGCCACACCAUGCUGUAGGCACCUAUGGCAUCAUAAUAUGCGGCACGAGCAUAAUGCAGUCGUUAUUGGGUAUAUGUGCACCGGUUAUUGGUCGCAUGUUCACCAAAUUGAUAAAAGAACUAAAUCCUCGCAAGAAGGAGCGCGUGCGUAUUAGUUCUGAAAAUAACCGCUAUUCGAAGACAAUUAUACUGGAGGUUCGAGCAAAUUUCAAGGCACCAGCAGUGGAAGUAUUGGCAUUGACUGUACAACUUGGUGAGAAAUUUGUGCUCGAUGAAGUUUCAUUCAAUUUGUUUGAAGAUGAAAUCACUAUGUUAAUGGGUCAUAACGGUAGUGGUAAAACUACAUUAAUAGAAGUUAUUGCCGGUCUUAAGCGGCCCACUUCUGGUAAAAUAGUUAUUAAAGAGACCACUGGUAAUGGUGACUUUGGAAAUUCGCGCGAUUUUGUUGGUGUCUGUUUCAGCGAUUUGCUGCUCUUCCGUAAUUUGUAUGUGGUUCAUCAGCUGCUCUUAUUUGGCAAGUUAAAGGGUCUAAAUUCGACUGAUGUCAAGAAAGAGAUCACUAAAUAUUUAGAGGCAUUGGAGCUGGACAAACACCGCUACACUCUCACAGAAAAUCUAACAUGUGGUCAGAGAACCAAAUUGGCUGUUUCCUGUGCGCUUAUUGGUGGCAGUAAGAUCGUGCUGCUGGACGAUAUUGUGCUGAAAUUGGGCGUGCGUGACUACAAACUUAUUUGGAAGUUAUUGGAAAAAGAGAAGUUCGGACGUGUUAUAUUGGUAUCGACAAAUCUAAGUCGUGAACCAGAGUUACAUGCUGAUAAUAUUAUUAUGAUUGCUCAAGGACGUUUAAAAUGUGCUGGUACUGCUCAGUUUCUAAAGUCCAUGUAUUGCUUUGGUUGCCAUUUGCUCAUAUCGAAAUCUGAGAACUGUAAGUCCGAAGACGUAACCGAACUGCUGAGCACUUUUUUGGAAGAUAUUGUGGUAGCUUGCGAUAUUAUAUUGGAAUUAUCAUAUCAUAUCGAAUCCACCAAUGUGGAAAUACUCGAGUCACUACUAAAUGCGCUGGAAAAGGAGAAAGAUAGGCUGGGCAUUGUCAACAUAACGAUAAUUGAAACACGCAUUGAGGAACUCUUUUGUAAGCUCGGUGCCGAGCGACCCGCUUAUGAUGAUCGUAAACGUUACUUCAGAAUCUUCAAUGGGCUAAGCAUUACCGAGGGCACUGCCGACGACACGUUGUUCAUGAAAGCGAAUAUAAAACAUAAGAUGAGUGCUUAUGAAAAGUGCUUUACUCACUGGAGUGCCAUGUUUUAUAAGUUUGUCAUCAUACAAAAUUCCUAUGCACACUACUUACCGUUGUUCCUGCUUAUGCCAUUAAUGACCAUCAUACUUUGUAUAAUCGGCAUAGUGCCCGUAAUCGAAAGGAUGCCAGAAAGAGGGUGUGAUAUAAGCGAUUACAAGGAUGCCAUAACUCUGAUUAGCUAUCCACAAAAGCCGAACAUAAGAAUGACUUCAUUUGCCGAGACAUUUCACAAAUAUAUGUAUUGGCGUAAUAGCAAUGUUAAAGUCACAUAUAUCAAAAAUCAACUAAUCGGCGAGUAUAUAUUGUCACUACAGCGACAGCAGCCCUACAAUUAUCUGGACGAAAAGCUAAUACUUGGCUUGUCCAUGACGCGACAGGUGGUGGGUUGGUACAAUGGAUAUUUGCCGGGUGUGCCAUCGCUCGUUCUAAAUCUCAUACACAACGCAUUUCUCUGGCUACUGCUAAAUACGACCAAUGCCAAGAUCAAUGUAUCGCUGGAGUUGAUGCCGAUUGAAGAAGAUAUUGAUGUUAAGGAAUUAUCGAAUAUGACAUUCAACAUGGGCAGCAUAAUGGCUCUGCAGCUGUCCUUUAUUAUAUGCUACAUAAUAUCUGUGCGGAUAAUUGCUUUGAUUUCGGAGCGUACAAGCGGUUUUGAGGGCUUGCAGCGUUUGGCUGGUUUGAAUGGCUUAAACUAUUGGACAACCAUGUUUUGCUUUGACAUGAUCAAAACAUUUAUCAUUGUGGCCAGCUUCACCAUUAUAUCGUGGUUCUUAUUAUCCUCAGCUUACAUAACGACGGAUGUCUUACGUUGGGCAUUCUUUUUACUAUUAUCGACGAGCGCUGCCUUAACUUCGACCAACUAUAUACUCAGCUGUUUCUUUUUCAAAAGUAGCUACGGUGGUUUCUUGAAAAUUACAGCAUUCCAGGCGCUUGGUGCCAUCUUCUAUGUGCUCUUCUCCAGAAGUUUCAAAAAUUAUAUCAAAACUAUAAUGUUUCUACCACGUCUAUUUCCCUUGUACUCAUUUUGUCGAGGUUUCGAGAAUUUGUAUGACUACAAUAUACAAUUGCAAUUGUGCGAAAAUGAGGACAUCAAAUUCGCCGCAGUGUCUUUCGAACAUUGUAAAAUGCAACCGAAUUGCUGUGAAAUGCCGCAAAUUUCGGUGCGCGAGGACAUGCUCUACUUAUGGCUAAUUAUCAUUGCUGGCGCCAUUUGCUUACUGAUUUACGAAUACCGUGAUGUCUUUAAGCGCGCCACACCGUUUGACAAUUACGAUCGUGCAUUAGACGAAUACAAACGACGACACGCUAGCGACUCUUAUAUGGUAGACAACGUCACAGCCGAAGUCAUACACGUGCAGUCAUUGAGACCGCGUAUGCGUCACUAUUUUACCGUUAUUUGCGAAAAUUUGGGCUUAUUUCGGAAAAACGAAAUUUUGGUGGACCGCCUAUCUUUCACUAUCAAACCCGGUGAAAAGUUUGGCAUUAUCGGCACUAACUGUAACUAUACGAAUGCAUUGCUGCGUCUAAUUGCUGGUCAGGAUAAACCAAGUUUUGGACGUGUCUGCGUCAAUGCCGUACAAAUGACGGAAGAUCGUAAUCAGGCACUCGCCAAUAUCGGUUAUGUGCCCACUGUUAGUUGUGUACAUACGCAGAUGACUUGCUAUCAGGUUUUGAAAAUGUUUUGUACAUUAUAUGGCUAUCCACGGCAUCAAAUCCGUGAAAUCGUUGAUGAUUUCGCAAGACAUUUCGGCUUACACUCACAUUACCAUACACGUUUGUCACAGUGUAGUUCGGGUAUAAGAGAGCGCAUUUCCUAUUCCAUAGCGAUCUUAAAGAAGCCCGCACUCUUGUGUAUCGGCAAUUUUAGUUGGAGUGUGGAUCCGCAUGGCAGACGUCAGCUUUAUCGACUGAUCGACGGCUUGCGUAAACGUGGCACAGCCAUAGUGAUUACGUCCGUUAUGAAUUCUUUUACCGAGAUACUGUGCACAAAGAUUGUGGUCAUGCAUGAGGGACGUUUUCUGCAUAUCGGCGAACCGAAAAAGAUAGCGCAUGCAAUUGCGGCAGGUUAUUCAAUUUCGAUGCGCAUGAAGAAGACGGUGCAAACAGCUCAAGGCGUCACCUCGAAAGUCUACUUUCGCUUAACCGCUUUUAUGGAAAAAACAUUUCCCAGCUCCAAAUUGAUACAAGAGGGCACAAUAAUGAGAUACUAUAUACCGUAUCAGAGCACUACUUUGGGCACUUUAUUUAAGAUUCUGCGCGUGAAUUCAUUUCAGCUGAAUAUCGACAGCCUUACGAUCACUAGAAUCAACAUGAAUUAUAUAUUCGAGUUGAUAGCCGAGGAUGCGCGUAAAUCCAAGAGCUUAUAAACACACUGAACCACCUGCAAAUAUAGCCUUUAUAUGCAUCUUAUUUGAAACUUGUUUCGUUCGCUUACUU